GUUAGUUCUGUGAGACGAGGAGAGGUUAACGGUUACGGUCGAAACAUACUGAAAUUUUUACAUUACCUGAUACAUAACAUUUAUGAAAAAUAUUCAAUAGUGCACUAAAGAAAUUUUUAAACAAUUCCUGCUGUCUACAACAGUUUUUCUCGACGUUUAAGUGAACACAAUCCAGACUCAAACGUCCCAUACUGGGUAAAAAUCUAGUUGAAUAAACGCUUCGACUUGGACUGAUGAAAUAACGAAUACACAGACUAGGAAAAUAUUUUCCGUUUCGUAAGCAUUCUUUUCCUCUGUGACUUUGAAUAAGUUAAUCGGUUGUUACAAGAGACCUAAAGGAUGGCAUGGUUACUCAUAACUGCGCUGUUAGUUCGGCUCUUCGCUCAUAGCGGAGCGUCUAUGAUCGAGCCCGAUCUGUGCUCGACAUCGUGCGAGUGUCUGCAGGGAUUGCCUUUCGUCGUCGAAUGCAAAAACGACGACCUCUCUCAGAUUCCUCAUCUAGAAGCAGAACCGUACCCAUUCGAAUGGGCUUUAUUUUUUGACGUCAACAAAAUCAGCAAGAUUACAGCAAUGCCGACCACGGACAAUCUCAUCCUACUGUCUUUCAAUGACAAUCCCAUCCUCGAGAUUGAAGACAUGGCCUUCGCCAACCUAACUAAACUCAGGCGGCUGACGCUGAAGCAGUGCAGCCUUACAGGCGACGUCUUCACCCUCGACGCCUUCAAAGGACCAAGGAACGAAGAAGAUGGAGCCGAUCCUUUGCCUUUGGAAUAUCUCGAUGUUAGCCACAACGAUAUACAGUCAUUGGGCGACCACGCGUUCCGCCACUUCGAUAACCUGAAGACUUUGAUAAUUUCUGACAACCCCUUCCAUGACUUUGACGAUACGACCAGCAAAGCUUUUGGUGAACUCAUUGGCGUGCAAACGCUCGACCUCUCACGCGUGCAGAUCAAACGCAUACCAGAAAAAUUCUUCAGCCGAAUGAGGCAAUUGAAGGAGCUCAUCUUGGCCGGGAAUAACUUCAUGGUUGUUCCCGAUGAAGUCAACUACAUCCAAUCCCUAGAACGCCUCGUACUCGACAACAACCCAAUAAAGGUGUUGUCUAAAAACGAUAAAUCCUACUUCCACGGUCCAUCUCAGCUGUCGCAACUGCACUUGUCCUACAUGCCUGACUUGAACAAAAUCGAUGCUGAAGCAUUCUAUAAUUUGGACAACCUCAAAGUCGUUACUAUCUCCUACAACCCGAACCUCAACUUCAUACACAAGAUGGCAUUUGCAUCCAGCGGAAUACACUUGAAGAAAGUUCACCUGAACAACAACAACUUGGCAGUCUUGGACAAUGAGCUUCUGGACUGGGCCGCCCUCGAGGAGAUCGACAUCCAGAACAAUCCGUGGGUGUGCGACUGCAGGAUCGUUUGGUUCACCAAAGAACCACUGGAGAAUUUGAACGCAAAUAAACCUCAACUCACAGAGUACAUCAUAUGCGCCAAGCCCAACGAUGCUACCGGACAAUCGCUACCAUAUCUGGCUAGCCAUGACUAUGCAUUCAAGUGCCCUGAGAUUGAGAAAGUCACGAACCCAUACUACUACGGACCUCUCAUCGUCACCACAAUAUUCGUCGGGGCCUUGCUGCUGCUUUCUGCCACGGUCCUCUGCACCUACGUCCUCUACCAAAAAUCUAGAAGCUCAGGCUUCUCUGGAACGACUGUGCAGUACCGCAGAGCUGACUUCAGCAACAACUUGGAGUCCAUCGCUGAGAACGUUUACGCCUAAUACUUUAUAUACGCCUGAUGAAUUGUAGACUUAAGACGCCUGAUACUUAUAUUUAUAUAUCUGAUAGGUUACAUAAUCCUGAUACAUUGUUUAAUGCUCUUACGCCCUAUCUAUGGUAGGUACACGUCUUGUAAACGCCUACCUACUCUUUUGUUGGGGCCUACUCAUUUGCAUGGGCCUACGCCAUUGCAUGUGCCUGCAUUAAUGGGCCCUCUUGUGUAGGUCUGCCUUGCUGUUCAUACCGCUCCCCUUUUCCUCUGAUCUACUGCACACCUGAUAUGACGCCUUCUUCCCCACAUAAAUUAAAUUAUUGUUCCAGUAUUUGAACAAUAAUAAUACCUACGCAAAUUGUAGGCUUUCAUUGUAAAUUGUUUGUAAAAUCAUAUCUUCAGUAUACGGUGAAAUGCGUUAAUAAUUUUUUUGCGUUGUCCUCAACAGAAUUUCUAGGUGAUGUGGAAUUGAUCUGCUUGCUCGUGCUUUUGAUGUGAUCUAAGUAAAAUUUGAUGUGAUCUAGAUAAUUAUCUGAACACAACUCGGUACCCCUGGACAAUCUAUAAGGGUUUAUAGACAAUCUAUAAACCCUUUGAUUUUAUAGAAUAAGUACAGUGGCUAUUGUUGUGCAGUAGCUGCAGUUGUGCAGUAGCUACAGUAGCGCAGUAGCUACAUUUCCUGUUGCAAAUUCAGCAACCCUUCAGUAUGUUAAUCACAUGAGCUAAUUUGUUAAAGUUGUUGUAUUUUUAAGUCAACUAACGUAAAUUCAAUUCAUAUCAACAUCAAAUGGAUUUGUGAAAGUUAAAACCUGCUUUUUCGUGGCAGGUUAAACGUGUUUUUUAGGUCAAGUAAUAUUAUCGUGGUAAGUU